AAUAUAACUAAGGUGAGAUUCUAGUAAACAUGAAAAUAUUGUUAGAGAUUAGAAAUAUGAGUCUUUAGGUUAUGAAUUAAAAAUACAUCUUGCAUUAGAAUAUGAGUUUUAAUCGGAGUUCUGUCAACUUUUCAUAGACAAAAGAAAGAUCCAUUUUUCAAAUGUACCACCCAUGAACAUUAUUAUUUUAUCAAAAUAUCUAGAAAUAUAAAUAAUAUAAAGUAGGUACUUACAUUCUAAUUUUGCAGGUGUGUUUGCUUCAGAAGGUGUUGAAUUCCAUGACACAUACAGUGAGAUAUACGACUAAAUGUAUCGGAGAAUAUGCAUGUAAUGGCGAAAUACAGAGAUACCGGGACCUUGUGUCAUUGUUAAUUGGAAAGCGACAGACAGCAUUCAAAAGAAAUAACCUUGAAAUAGGAGGAUCCUGCAUUGUACAAUGCUGUAAAUCCGAUUUGUGUAACAUUAAUUGUAAAGAAAAUGUGACACCGACAUCUACAGCCGCAACAAUUGCAAGUUCAUCAACAUCAACUAUGGAAUCUACACACCACAUUUCACUAUGCCCAAUUUUAACCCUUUCCAUCAAAACAACGCACAAAAAAUAUAAGGGCUUUUUUCCAAACAAACCCCCAAAAACGUUAAAAUGA